AGCAUAGUGAGUGCCGAUACCAGCACCGCUCAGAGAAAAUUCGAGCAGUCGCUCGUUCGCGCGCGCGAGGGAGUCCAGACAGACAGUCAAGAAAUAAAAGAAGGCGGGGGUUUAAUUAGCCAGACAAGCCAGUGUGUGAGAGAGAGUAUGAAUGUCUGACCGUCCUUCUCUCCGACCGUGUGAUCGAAGCCACUUCUUCUACGCUCUGACGGCAAUAAUAUCAAGUUGUCUGAUCCAGGACACCAGCAGCACAAUUGUGCCUGCGCUCGAGGGCCUUCAUUUCUUUUUCUUGAGGUUUCUUGGCCCACUUUCUCCAGGACACUGAGUGAGUGACGCUCUCGAGCACCUCCGUCCCUCGAGCAAUUCUUUCGGACUCGGCUUGACUAGAGCGAAGAAAGUUGGCAGAUGCCCGUUUGGCUGCACGACGAGGGGCUGCGAGCGAGCUCUUCGCAUGACGGGACGUUAUGCUCUCGUGUAUCUUGACAGCUCGGGGGGUUAAGAAGGUCAAACAAAGAGCAGGCGGUGGGGCCGAGCGGUGACGCUGCGAGAUUCGGAAUAAUGUCUGCUCGCGAAGAAUUGAGUUCGCUGUCCGCUUGUCGCCGCAUUCGUGGAGAGAUUUCGGAGGUCGAUGCCUGAGCAGCACUCGGUCCGCUUCCCAAACUCGAGGAGGACGAGGGAGGAGGGCUGCUUGAAGGUUGACGAGUUCAGAGCCGGAAGAAUUGCGCUGUGCUGCUGCGACUGAUCGAGUGAGUGAGGCCACGACACUUUAUUCUUUCUUUCUUUCUUUCUUUCUUCUCUUUCUUCUCUUUCUUCUUCUUCUUCUAUUCGCGUGAAGCAGUGCGUGCCUGGAUUGCAAGGCUGGAGCCGCAGACGGAUUUGUCUCGUGACAGCGCGAACGAGUUCUGCAGCUGAAAUUUAAUAUUGGGGUGGCCAAUCUCCAGGCCCAUGAUACGGUUCCCGUCGAUGCCGGCAACAUCAAUCCAGUAGCGAUGGUCGUAUAAAGCCUUGCAUUCUCGUUCCUUCAGGUGUGCGCCGGGACGAAGAGACAGGGUUCAGAGGGACGAGGACAGGAUUCAGUCCCAGGUCCUCGUUUGCAUUGCGGCAAGGGAGGCCGACCUCCAUGGAGACCUUCGAUCAGGCUGCACAGGUCUGUCUGCCUGCGAGACCCGCAGGCUUGACCUCGGAUUGAAUCUGAUCACAGCAGUUGUUCGAUUCAGUCGAGCUCGCGCUCGAGGUUCCUUCGAUAAACCAAAAACAAUUCCAGCUCUCGUCCCACUCCUACACACCAACGAACGUCUUCCAGCAGCUGAUGCACGAGGUCCAUCGAGCUCCCGAUGACGACCACCGAUGUCCGACAUGAGCGUCGAAUUGAAUUAAAUCGAAUCGAGCGGAAGUGAAUUGGUCUCCUCGGUGAUCGACUGAAUACGACGACGGCGGGAUCAGAAGCGCAGGGAAAAAGAGCAACGAGGGCAGAAUGACGACUGCCAUCAAGCCCCCGGGAGGUCGGCCCAAGGGGUUAAGGUUCAUGGUGUGGGUGAUAGGCUCGGUGUGCAUGAUAAUGUGCGUGCAGCUCUGGGUAUACGAGAGGAAAUGGUCGGAGCACCAUCCGGACGAUCCGGGCACCAACACAUUCAAGAGCCAGAACGCCAGCCAGAGUGCGGAAGACGAGGGCGCAGGGCUGCUGGAGGUGCGCGUGCGCGCGGUGGACGAGUCGUCGACGCUGCGCGAAAUUCUCGAGGCCGUGAGCAUGUGCGCGGCGGAUCCUGGCGCCGAGGUGCAGGCCGACACGGCCGAGUGCCUCGAGAAGCUGCUGGUCGAGUACCCGGCGCUAAGAACGCUGCAGCCGGCGCCACGCCUCGAGGCGCAGGACGACCAGGAGGCGGCGCAACAGCGCCGGCGCAUCGAGGCGCUGGAGGCGCAGAUCGCUGGCCUGAGUCGUAUGCUGCAGGCGUCGACUGAUUUCCGGGAACUCAAGGACACUCGCCGGCCGGGGCUCUCGGACGGUGACAUCGGCUGGUUCAUGAGCGACGUGCUGCUGCCUCCCGCCGGCGGCACCGGCGGGCGGCCGGAGAUGUUCGAGUUCCCGUCCGCGCUUUCGGAAGGCCGGAUCCUGUGCUUCCUGGGGAACGACACCAGCGACGGGACCAAGAAUCGGUACGGGCUGGCCUUCAAGGACUACCUGCCCAGCGGCGCGACGCUGCUGCCGGGACUGACCCUCGUGGCGGACAACUACUGGGACUACAACAACAUCUGGCACGGCAUGUCGGCGCUGCUGGGCUUCGUGUCGUGGCGCGUCGCGGAGGACUGCGCGCGCCCGUCGCGCCUUCUGCUCUUCCACUGGGGCGAGCUCGUGCCGGCCCUGGGCGCCUGGAUCGACAACGUCCUGCACGCGGCCUUCGGCGCGCGCCUGCCCGUCGAGCGCCUGGAGCAGGCGUCAGCCGCGCCCGUGUGCCUGGAGCGCGCCGUCGUCAGCCGCCGCGGCCUGGGCGGCAUGUCGGUGCCCCACAUGAACGCCAUGUUCCGCGCCGUCCGAUGCCGGGCUCGCAAGUUCUGCGCCAUCCCCGUCCCGGGCGCUCCGGCGGCGCGCGACGGCAUCCGGCUCACGCUCCUGGUCCGAUCCGGCGCGCGGUCGCUGGCCAACGUCACGGACGUCACGGCCAUCCUCUCCGACGAGUGCAGCAAGGUCGCCCUCUGUCAGCUGGAAGUGUCCUCCAUCGCCGACCUGUCCUUCUGCGACCAGGUGGCAUUGAUGAGCAGGACGGAUGUGCUGGUGAGCACUCACGGAGCGCAGCUGACCAACAUGAUGUUCAUGUCCGAGGGGGGCUACGUCAUGGAGAUGAUGCCCAAGGGCUGGCUGGAGUUCGCGGGAGUGGGGCAGUACAUUUACACAUGGUUGGCAGAAUGGACCAGGCUGAAGCACGAGGGAAUUUGGCGGGAUACGGACGGGCCAGACUGUCCUUUCGAUGCUUCGGAAACCCUCAAGUGUUUCUUCUUCUUCAAAGAUAUUGACGUCGGUCUCAACCGCACCCACCUCGCCCUCUGGACCGCUCAAACUCUGCAAAAGGCUCAACUGGACAAACAGCAGCAGCAGGAGGCUGCUACUGCAGAUCUGAAUCACACUCAGAUCGCUGCUGCUGCUGACGCACUCGGCGGCGGCAGCUGCCCCUGCGAUCAUGUAGAUAGUUUAGAACACGUCAGUCCUGUGGACGAAGAAGCUUAGAUUACCCUCUGUCCGUCCGUCCCUUCUUUCACACACAGCAGCAACAGCAUUCAUUACCUUGACCUAGAUUAGCGUGACCCUAAUGAUUUCAUACUUGUGGGUGAUUUGUCCCUUUAUUAUAUAUUUUCAAUCAGCACCCGAGAUCUUCCAUCACUGCUC